GAAAACAAAGAGGAAUUAUGUAUUGAAGAUUAAUAUUUUGGAUAACAAUGUAUGAAAGUAACGAUAUGCAGUAGUGUUUAUGUCGUUUGUAAGAUAAAACUCGACGAGGAUAUCGUGUAAAGAUGUUUUUUUGAACGAUCGAAUAACAUGAUUUGAAUUUUGAAGAGCUAUCGUUUUUAGCACAAAUCAAUGAUGAGUAUAAAUAAAAGAAAGAUAUUCACAUCAGAUACAUCCGAUGAAGAUGACAGUUUCAAACAUCGACGUAGUUCUCUGAGAGUUAAUCUAAGUUACUGUGAAAAUUUAACAGAUUCUGGCAACGGAUCUCUGUGGAGAACAGAGAUUGAGACUGAUGGAAAAGGAACAGAUACAGUGCGAGCUAAUAAAAGACUGUCGAGACGCAAAAGAUAUGAUAAAUAUGAAAACAAGAAUCAUCAAUUUGAUUCUGACAAUGAAGAAGGUUUGCAAGUUAAAAGCGAUACGAGUAAGCUUGCUGUAAGCAAGAACACUAACGUAUCUCUUUGUGUCAAAAAAAGAAUACAAUUAAAAGAACUCCGAGUGAAUCUGGAGAAUAUAAACAUUAAGGAAAAGACUCUCGAAGCAAAUUGCAAACGUUUAAAAGAUGCAAUUUUAAACAAGACUAAAGAGAUAUUCGAUAGAGAGAAUGAUCUUUCCAGAAAAACUGCGAUGAUAUUAAAGAAUGAAGAAAAUUGCUUUGCAGAUGAUAUACAUGAUGCAAAUAUUAGAAAUAAAUCAAUUAUACUAGAUGCAAUGAGCAAUCAUCAAUUAAGAAAUAAGGCAAUCAUGGAACAUGAAAGAUGUAUUAACAGUGUGAGUAAUCAGCAAAGAGGCAAUCGAUAUUCCAAUAUUGUCACUACACCAACAAAUAGCAAAAAACUAGAAAGUUGUUCCAAGGGAGAUAUAGAUAAAUCUAGGUUGUCUCAGAGACGGUUAUUUGCUGAGGAGGGCAAACAAAUAGAAGGACAAGCAAAGUGUAGAAUCAUAGAGGAUAUCGUUUUGAAGGAAAAAUUUCCAUUAUUCCCCCUCAGACAGACAGAUCAAACUGGCAGUCCCAUAUUAAGUGGCAGUAACAGAAGACUUAGUUUGCUAAAAAAAUCUAAAUUAUAUUCACAAAGUCAAUCUGAAAACCAUAAUACCACAUAUUCAACUAUACACUCUCAAUGUGUUGAUAUAGGAGCACCCAUUGUUUGCUCCACUUUUAACGAAGAUAUUGUGACAGGUGAAAACGAAAAUAACAAUUCUUACAACGAAGCAAAUAAUGAUAUGGAUACAUCUCGUGCUACGCACACAACAAAUAAUAUAAUAUCUAUGGAAAUGACAGAAGUUCAUGGCGGUAUUCAAAUGAGUGAGGAACAUCUAUCUCUGCAAAGUACAAAUCUAAAUACAAUUAAUAGUAUCAAAAAUAGCAAGAAAAAGGAAUCCAAACGAAAAAGUUUAGAACAGGACAAAUAUAUUAUUCAGAUGCAAAGAACAGAAAAUAUUAAUAGUCCUGUAGACAAAUCUACGACACAAAAUAACAUUGCGCAUUUUGAUUUGUCCAACACAAAUGUUACAAAUGACCAGAAUACAGUUAUACCUAUGCAAACAUCCAGUAUUGAACAAGCGGUAGUAGUCAUAAAAACACGACCGCACAUAGAUGAGCGCGGUAAUAAAACUAAAAAUCACGAGAAACGACAUACACUAUCUUUGUCCGACAGCAAUAAUACAAUUCGAUCAUCUUUAAAUGUAAACACAUCAUUGGAUGCAGUAACUGAAGCUGACAAGGAGGAAAAUGUUCAGAAAACAAGCGAUUACAGGUUCAAUAAUAGCAAUCAAGAUUUGAAAGCAGCAAAAACUAAUAAUGAAGAAUCAAUAGCUUUGGAUAAUCAAUAUGAAAGUUCAAAUAUCACUGAAGCUUCAAUGAAAAUGAAUACAUCGGUAAAUUCGAUGCGCGAAACAUGGCAAAGAAGAAGUAAUCAUCUUCAAUCAUUAAUCUCAGAUAAGAAUGAUGAAGACACAACAGAAAAACAUCCAAAUAUGGACAAUCAAUAUUCAUUAGCAGCAGAAAAUGAAGACGCAAACGAUGUAGAAUCCUUAGAAAACAUCAGUUUAAUUCAGAGAUUAAGAAAUAUCUUCACACAAAAUUCAGUUCCUUAUAACAAUAAAUUGAGGAUUUCUGAAAUGAAAGAGAAAGUAAGAAUGGAUAAUAGAUCUAAUGAUGCCAAAAUUCAGCGCAGUGAGCAUACGAGUGGAGACAGUUAUGUCGAAGGAACUCCAUAUCCAAUAAGCCGUUCAGUUUUAUUCAAAACACAAUUGAGACAUAAAACACAAAAUUUAGAUAACAGCAUAACAUCUUGUAGCAACAAUUUAAAUUCAAUGGGCAAGGAAAAUAUUGAUAAAACUAAGUCAGAUGCUUUGUAUUCAGAGACAGUUGAAAUUAAUACAGUUAUUUUGGAAGAUACAUCUAGCGGGAAUCCUUCUGAUAUUCAAGAUCAAUUGAGAGUCAUAAAAGAUACAAUUGAUGAAACAAGACUUGAAACAAGAGUUGAAACAAAUGAAAAAAAUAAAGUUACCACCGAUAACAUGGAAUGUAUUUCAGUGAGAAAAGGUAGAAGAAGAUUAUUACCACUUCAUGAAAAUUCUGAAUUAUGUUCAAUUAGUCCAAUAGAGGAAGAUAAAUGCAUAGUUGAGAAAUCAAUAAAACCUACUAAAAAAAACAAAAAACUGAGAAAAAAACGUCCAAAGGAAAAAUCAAUAGGUCUCAAGAAUGACACAAGCUCUAUUAAAUCUAAUAUCGCACGCGAACAAACAUGGUCAGAUAAUGAUUACGAUAUACCUAAAAACAAGAAGAAAAAGGAUAAAAAAAUACAAAAACCAAGGAAGAUUGUUAGCAAGAAAAUCGUCAUCAAGAAAUUUGCCGAUGAAAACGUGUUGAAUAUAUUAAAAGGAAAUAAACAAGAUAAAAAAGAUGAAUCAAUAGAAAAUAGAGAUUCCUUUGAUGAUUUUGCAAAGCAUCGCACAAUAUCUACUCAAUGGAAUAAAUUUAAGUCUCAACAGAUUACUAUUGCAACAACUGGUCUAUCAAAAGGGGACAAAAGUUUAGUAAAGAGCAUUGUCAAAUCUCUUGGCAUGGCAAAAAUAGAAUUGAAUGUAUCGAGACGAACGACUCACGUUGUGAGUACAGGUGUGCGUACAGUGAAUUUACUUCGAGGGAUAAUAAGAGGUUGUUGGCUGGUUACCUUAGAAUGGGUUUUGAAAUCUUUGGAGAAUAAUGCUUGGUUAGAUCCGGAAGAAUUUGAGAUGAAACAUUUCUCUAAAGCUGUGCAGGAAAAUCGGAAAGAUAGACAAUUAUUUGGACCUUCAUAUAUACCAGAAUUGUUUGCAACAUGUGGAUUAAUAUAUGUUGGGCAUAAUACCACAGUACCAUGUCAUACACUUAAAGAACUUAUAAAGACAGCAAGUGGACAUAUCACUGAGAAUAUCAAACUUGCUAAAAUUAUUAUUGGUACGAAUGGUUUGAAGGAGACCUGGGUUAUAGAUUGUAUCACGACAGGUGAACUACAAUUAACUAACCUUUAUGAAAGAAAAUAAAGUGGACAAG